AUGUAAAAUAACUAAAAAGUAAUUUUAUGUGCUUCUGAUCUUCAUCUCAAUUUUGAAACAGUCUAAUUGUUGAUAGAGAGAGAAAAACAUUAACAAUUCGAUGCAGUUUUUUUAUUGGGUGAUUUUUUGAACCUGUAACAUCAAGAAGGUGAGGAUUCAGAGUUGGACAAUUUGCGAAAGUUAUUAAAUCCAUUUAAGUGUUUUGGUUGUCCGAUAUACUUUAUUCCUGGAAAUCAUGACAGUGAUGAAUUACUGUAGGAUACUUAUCUAGAGGAAGGAUUUAUCAACAUUCAUAAAAAAUCAUUACAAAUACGAGAUGAUUUAUGGAUAGUGGGUUUGGGGGGCAGCAUUCCAGGAUACAAUAAGCAAGGUUUGAUUUGGUAAGGAUAUCCAUACAAGAGUGAUGAGGAGUAUUCGCAAGACCUUGGGAAACUGAAAUUGCCUGAAGAGGGGAAGAUAAUACUCAUUACUCACAUAGGUCCUGCGUUAAGUUAAACGACAAUAUGCAGUGAUGAUGGAUGGGAUGAUGUAAUUAAAUCUGGAAGUGAUUCACAAUCAAAUUUGAUCAAGAACAAGAAGAACAUUAUAUUAAAUGUGCACGGACAUACACAUGAUGGAGUAGGGAGUAGAAUGAUAAGUUAAUGUAAAGUGGUUAAUGUUGGUCCAUUGCUUCAUGGUAACUAUUGCAUAAUCAGAAUAUCAAAUAAGGUGGAUAAAAUUGAACAUAUAUUUAUUUGA